AUGGCACACCAUCUUUUGGACUCCGUGCCGAAGCAUCUCCGCUUCACCCCUGGCGGUGGCAGCACGAGAAACUUGCUGCUUCGAAACAUAUCAGCAGGAGAACUGCCGCUGCGGAUAGAGCCGCCGGGGCCACCAUUCCUGUUGUCUGUGGGCUCUGAGCACGUGGACAAGAACUUCGUGCUGGAAGCUGGAGCGACCUUGGCAUUCAGAAUCGCCAUGAGCUCUGCUCCCCAGCAAGACGAUGUGGUGUGUGAUUUCUUGACGGUUCACAUAGAAUGUUCUCCGCCCUUGCUAAUUGACAUCGCUGCGGCUUCCGAUGCUACACCCAGCGACGAGAUCACAAGCCUAAUUAGGGACUUGGUGCAGAAACGAAGCUUGCAUCAGAGCAGCGCUGGUAACACGCCGGAAGCUGCAUUGGUCAAGCCUGCAGAUGCGGAGGAGAGAGCCGUCCCAGCGGCACUGCUCGAAUUCCUGGGAGAGGCACCGAGCGCUGCGGCACUGCGGUGCCACCAACCAGCGGUGCCAACGAUGCAGCGACCAGACACGCCAGACUCGGGCCGAGGAGCCUGUCCAGAAGGUCCAGAAGCACCGCUGGAUUGGGAUGACAGGCCGCCCACACCCAGUCCUGAAGGCUUUCAGCAACUGGGUGCACCACAAGAACUACCACGAGUGCAAGCUCCAAUCGAGAGCCAGGCUUCAUCGUGGGAAAUGCAAGAGGGAGGCGAAGAGUCACCUCUUCAACAUGAGACUUUCGUGGCUGAAAAGCUUCCCGAAGUUGCUCCAACGGCACAUUUGACGCCAGCAGAAGCUACCAAGAUUGCCGCCUUGCGAGCAAAAGGCUUACUGCAAGAGGACAAGCCAAAGCCCGCGCUGCCUGUUGCACAGGGCGUCGAGCCGCCGCGCCCGGCGGGCCACGAGGACGAGGAUCUUUUCUACAUCCCCGGAACAGGAUGGUGUGACAUUUACGGCCGAGCUGUGGAAGCUGUUUCCCCAACCAGUUCUGCCAUGUCUUCACCGCCCCGUGCCGCACGCGCCGCGCCAAAGAUGGUGGCCAAGCCGGCACCCAAAACCAGAGAUCAGCAGCAAGCUGCUUGGGAUGCCAUUCCUGGCGUGCAGUGCAGCAGCUCUACAAGCCAAGACAGGCAGCGGCAAAGCGAUGAGUUGCACCCAGAGCCGGAGAAGGCCGUGCUCAGCUCUCAAAUGGAGCCUCAAGAGCCGAAGAAGUCUUUCGAAGUAAUCGCACUGGCCAAGAUGCCGGACUCGGCUGACACUUGGGAAGCGUUGCGACCCGAGAACGCUGAGACUAGGCCUCCAUCACCGAAUUGGAGACGCUACACACACCGUACAGACUCACCGCGCGAGCUUUGGGAAAGCUCAUCCGUGCGUUCACCCAGGCGAAGCCCCCGCAAGCUGCCCGCCCCAAGCUGUCCGUUGGUGGAUCGUCCACGGUCUAGGGUGUGCCAGAGCCUCCCAGCCUGGGAAGUGGAGAAUAUUCGCACAAGUCUGCGGUGCGGAGCAUACACUGGCCGUUGUGUUCCCGAUCAAGUCGCAGAACGAUUGUGGCGGAAACUCGAUGUGGAAAGGAGAGGCCUUCUUAGCCCUGACCAAUUUCGCCGAGUUGUGCGCCUCAAGUUGCGGGUUCCCGCAUCCGACGUGUCGGACAAAGAGUUGGCUGGAAUAUUCGACAUGUUGGCUUUUGAAGAUGCCGAUGUUAUGCGCAUCGGCGACUUAGUGGACUACAUACUGGCAGAUCCGCCGGCGCCCUCGCCGAUCACUGAAAAACCCUUGACAGCUUAUCAGACCUUCACAGACACGGGCUCCACCACUGCAACUCUGCUGGCUGCGGAAAGCAUGGGAACGCUGGCUGAGAGUCCCAUUGCUUCGAGAUCUGCCUCGCCAGCAGAAGGCAGAAAGGUGGUUUUCAAUGCGACUGUGCGAAGCACCAGCGUACCAAUCGAGGACAAGAUUCUUUUUGCUUGCCGGAGAGGUGAUCUGCCGAGGCUGCGCAGGCUGCUCGUACCACAACGUGGAUCAGAGGGUCCCCUCACUCCGGAGCUGGGUGGUGUUUGUGCACACCUGGCAGCGGGAAAAGGCCACACUGCUUGCUGCGAGCUCCUCUUGCGAGCGGGCGUCAGCCCCGAUAGCAGAGACCGUAAUGGAGCAACGUUGCUUGCAAGAGCAGCGCUAUACGGACACACGGAGCUUACACAGCGGCUCUUGAAGCAAUGGCGUGCGAAUCCGCUCGAUGUGGACCACAUGGGGAGGAACGCUGUGCAUGUUGCUUGUUUGAACGAUGUCAGAGUGGUCCAACUGUUGGCCGAGCACACCCCGUCAUCGGUUCAUGCCAGGGAUGCAGAGGGCAGGAGUUGCUUCUUCUAUGCAUUGGGAAACCCUUGCCAGCAAUCGCAAACUCGCAUCGCGCAAUUCUUGGUCUUUUGCAAAUGCGGGCUGGAUGCUGUUGACAAGCAGGGUGGCACAGCAUUGACCUACGCUGGGCAGGCGGGCAACCGCGAAGUGGUAAGCUUGCUCCUCUCACGUGGGGCGCGUCCUCGUCGAUUCCUUCUUGAUGCUUGGGCACGCGAACCGCAUUUUGCCAACUUGCUGGCUACUUCUUCAGUGAAAUGUACAGAAUCUUCUGCCAGGCAGCCGGUUUCUCUGGUGCCCAACUCUUGA